UCCGGUGAAAUAACCAGCAGUAACGUUCAAGCAGCCUAAUUACCAGCAACUUUUUUCUGGGCAUUAACGUUGAUAUUUUAACCGUCGCCAUGAAAUCCGUCCUGGUUCUUCUUGCCGUGGUCGCAGUGGCAUCUGCUGCCAGCCUUAAGGCCAAGCGCGCUGUGAAGACCCAGAAUCCGUUGGCUUUUGCUGCACUGGACCAACUGCGCGGAAAAUCCCGAUUGAGCGUGCCCGACCAGUACAACCUGAUCGCCACCGCCCAGGCCGGUCAAGACUACCCCAACAACGCUGUGAUCGAGCAGGGAUCUUUCGACUGCAGCAGCACCCAUCAGCCCGGUUUCUAUGCUGAUCCUUCCGCGACUUCCCGAUGCCAGAUCUUCCACCGCUGCGAUGUCAACGGCAAUCUGACGUCGUACCUGUGCCCCAACAUGACUGUAUUCAACCAGAUCACCCUGGUCUGCAACUGGUGGUUCGACGUGGACUGCAGCAAGGCCGCCUCUUUCUACGACUACUCCAACAGCCGUCUUUACCAGGGCGCCAAUGUGCCGCUGCUGGAUGACGUUGUCCGCAAACUGACCGGGGCUGUUGCUUCCGGAAGUGUGGAGGUCGCCGCGCCGGCUCCGGAGGAAGCCGCGCCUGCCGAGGCCCCGGCUGCUGAAGCAGCUCCGGAAGCGGCACCCGCUGAAGGCGAGGCUGCUGCUCAGUAGAUGAGGCGGACGUGACCUUUGGACUGCUUGCUCGCUGAGUCGCUGUCGACCUCCGAUCAUGCGUUUCCUACAUUGCACAGAUUUUGUAAAAACGACCUGAAACUUUUGAACAAUGAAUGUGAUCGCUGUACGAAUGAUGCUUUGAGCUUGAUGGAAAAACAAGGAAUAAAUCAACCGACCAAUUGCGGG